GCUUGCUGGUCUUCUGCAUAAGAUGCUAAAACUUGCAAUUAUUACCACAUAACGUCUAUAGAAAUAUAUAUAUUCAUCACGAAAAAAUGGAUUUUGACUUAAAAAUUAAAGGAAUGCUGGCCGCUCCGAGAAGACGACGUCUGUUUCUACACGAACCGGAGAAUACGCACGCUCAGAAGCAUAAAGGCGAGCAGAGAGCUGUCCGUGGCCCGCGCCCAGAAGAAGUUCCUCCAUUAAAUCUGGGGAAACUUGCUGACUGGGAGGAUGAGGACGUCUCCUAUGUACCUCUGAGUGACAGACACCCUCAUCACGGGCCUCCAGACUCCACCUCCACUCUGAGCUGGGGAACGGCCCACUCCGCACGCUCUCACCAGGUGACAACAAAACCUUUCAAGAAAACACCAGUGCCUAAGAAGCCCCCUCCAUGGGAAGAGGAGAAGGUGGUUCCAGAGAACCUGCCCCCUCCCUCAGAGAGAUACAGGAUGAAGUACCAGCAGUAUGAGGCGGAGCUGAGAGAGAACUUCAAACAGCACACCCAGAGGAUGCAGCGGAUUGGCAAAGGGGAGGAAGCCACUGACCAACCACAGGAGGUGAACUCUCAUUACAUGUCACACAUUAGCAUAAUCAUCAUUCUGUGCAGAAGAUUUGACUGCCCAGGAUGA